AUGGAUACCCUCCUUUUGAUCACCACUCUCUCCAUUGUAUUUCAAACGCAAGUUCCACUAGUUCACAGCUAUGGCCAUGACAGUACCUGCAGAUCAUACUGUGGGAACAUAACCCUUGAUUACCCAUUUUCACUCCAAUCAGGAUGUGGCCAUCCAGGCUUCCAGGACCUCUUAUUUUGCAUCAAUGAUGUUCUUAUGUUCCACAUUAUCUCGGGUUCGUAUCGUGUUCUAGACAUAGACUAUGCUUACCAAUCCCUCACAUUACAUGACCCUCAUCUGUCAACCUGUGACUCAAUUGUCCUAGGAGGCCUCGGUAACGGGUUCGUGGUCGAGCAGUCUCGUGCCUCGUACCUCAACCCCACCUCGGACAAUGUGUUCAUGCUCAUAGGUUGUUCAGUUUCAUCACCACUGUUCCGAGGUUUCCCAGGAAAGCAUCUACCAUGUCGAAACGUUUCGGGCAUGGGCUGUGAGGAGUACUAUGAAUGCCCAGCCUGGAACACAAUUGGGUUCAGGAGGGUGGGCUCGGCGUAUGGAUCGGGCCUGCCAGAGUGUUGUGCAGUGCCAUUUGAGGUCAUGAAGGAUGUGAACCUCAGCAAGCUUGAUUGCCAGGGGUAUAGCAGUGCCUACAGUCUCGCGCCGCUGCGGGCCUCCGGGCCGGGCCAGUGGGAAUAUGGGAUACGGGUCAAGUACUCUGUGCAAGGGAAUGGUGAUUUCUGCCAAGUGUGUGAGGCUACAGGUGGGUCUUGUGGGUAUGACAUUCAUGGGGGUACUCACUUGUUGUGUAUGUGUGGGAAUUGGAAUUCUACAACAAAUUGUGAUUCGGUCCAGUCGUCAUCGUAUAGAGGAACAUGGCCUUUAAUGCAGACACUAGCAGGGUUUUUGUUCUUUAUGGUUGUUUGGAUCACAUCCUGCCAGAUUUGACUAAUGAGGUCCAAAAUCGACAUCUCUGGUGCAUUCUGUCAACCGUGUGUUUUUUUUUUGGGUAAGUACUGUCAAUCAUGUUAACUUGUACAUUAGUAUGCAUUGCUCCAAGCGCGCGCACACACACUCAAAAUGGGCAGUGCCAAUAGUAGUUGGGCAUUUAUCAUUAUUAAACUUGCUCCUGUUAUUCAUUGAGCAUCAUUGUGGCUUCCACACAUCUCUGUCCUUUGAGCUAUUGCUG